UGGUUAUUGUUAUUUUUCAAGGUAUCAUGGCCGACCCUAGAGACAAGGGACUUCAAGAUUACAGAAAGAAAUUGCUUGAGCACAAAGAAGUUGAUGGACGCCUGAAAGAAUUGCGUGAACAGCUGAGAGAACAAACUAAACAGUAUGAAAAAUCUGAAAAUGAUCUGAAAGCUUUACAAAGUGUUGGACAGAUUGUUGGUGAGGUCCUUAAGCAAUUAACAGAGGAGAAAUUCAUUGUCAAAGCAACUAAUGGCCCACGAUAUGUGGUUGGCUGCAGACGGCAGCUGGACAAGGCUAUGCUAAAACCUGGUACAAGGGUUGCCUUGGAUAUGACCACUCUGACUAUCAUGAGGUACCUUCCUAGAGAGGUGGACCCCCUUGUUUACAACAUGUCUCAUGAAGACCCUGGCAGUGUCUCCUACUCUGAGAUUGGAGGCUUGGCUGAGCAAAUCAGAGAGCUCAGAGAGGUGAUUGAGCUGCCUCUUACCAACCCUGAGCUCUUCCUGAGGGUGGGCAUAAUCCCUCCUAAAGGCUGCCUACUCUACGGACCUCCAGGAACCGGAAAGACUCUCCUGGCCAGAGCUGUUGCUAGCCAGCUUGACUGUAAUUUUCUGAAGGUGGUGUCCAGCUCCAUAGUGGACAAGUACAUUGGUGAGAGUGCGAGACUGAUCCGAGAGAUGUUCAACUACGCCAGGGACCACCAGCCCUGCAUCAUCUUCAUGGAUGAGAUCGAUGCCAUAGGUGGCCGUCGUUUCUCUGAGGGGACAUCUGCAGACAGGGAAAUCCAAAGGACAUUGAUGGAGCUGCUGAACCAGAUGGAUGGCUUUGAAACCCUGCACAGAGUGAAGAUGAUCAUGGCCACCAACCGUCCUGACACGCUGGACCCUGCCCUUUUAAGGCCAGGGAGACUGGACCGCAAGAUCCAUAUUGAGCUGCCCAAUGAGCAGGCUCGGAUGGACAUUCUGAAGAUCCACUCUGGACCAAUCACUAAGCAUGGGGAAAUGGAUUAUGAGGCCAUUGUAAAGUUGUCUGAUGGAUUUAAUGGAGCGGAUUUAAGGAAUGUGUGCACUGAAGCAGGUAUGUUUGCGAUUCGUGCCGACCAUGAGUAUGUGACCCAGGAAGAUUUCAUGAAGGCAGUUCGCAAGGUUGCAGAAUCAAAGAAACUGGAAUCCAAGCUGGACUACAAGCCUAUAUGAUAGUACCACCAACCUACCUAACACAAUAUAUAUGGUAAUAACAUAAUUUGGGUGUGAGUAGAGUAUAUGUAUGGGGUUUUACAGUAUUCCAAAGGUAUAUAAAACCAUAGACAUGGUUUUAGAUGAAGCAAUAUUUUUUCAUAAAAAUGCAGAAUACUUAAACUACCAAACAUGUCUUAUCAGAUUAUUCUCUUUAUGCCUGUCUAGAUAUUAUUGAUUAAUAGUGAAAAUAUAAAGUCUAUAUCAAA